AUGUGCUGUGGUCUUAUUCCACGUGUGAGACGCUUUUUAAAGCGUCUAUUCUUUCCUGAUGAGGAAGAACAACUUUCAGGUGAAGUUAACAGUAGUUAAUUAAAAGUUGCUACCACAAAAACCGUGGAUCGGAACGAGUUCUAGUCAAUAAAAGCAAACUUUGCCCGCGGUCCUUCCUGCGUCCAGUACUCGCAUAUCGAUCAUGGAGUUGGCCAUCAGAAGGGCGAUUGAGCAGGCUUUCCCGUAAUUAGUUAAAAUGUGUUGCCAGCUUCGUCUUGUAGGCCGUUAAGAAAUCGAUAUGGAGUGAAAAUUCCUCGUUUCGUAGAGGUAAAUUAUUCCGCUAUGUUCAUUAUCAAUACGUACAUGAAAACGGACUGUAAUCAGCCAUAAAACAGCUGCAUGUAGCGACUACAUGUAUAUGACAUAGGUAGCCUCACGCGUAGCGUUCUUCUUGCAAUAAUACAGUUUAUACACCGUUAUAAAGAGCAUAUUAAGUGAGAAGAAUUAUCCAUAGCUGAAAUACUCAUAACAAGUCGCAAGGAUAAAUAAUACUAAUUUACGCAGAAGAGAAGCGUGAUGGUAUUUUCCUUGCUUGACCUCUUAAAAAAUUGCUACCGCCAUCACUAUACACCAGAAAGCUUAAAGCGCAAUAAAAACCAAAAGAUGUUAGGAGUUUUCACCAAAGUAAAAAAUGCUUAUGUCAAAGUUUUCCAAGUUCGCAAAGCAUGUGAAGAGAGUUCCAAUUCUCCUGAUUAUGCUGACAAAUUCAUCUAAGUUGCGCGACUUAAUGAGCUUACUCUAUUUGGCUUUUGAUCAAUGCCCGUCGUUUUACAGCAUUAAAAUCAGGGCCUUCCCUCUUUGAAACUGUUUAUCUUCAGUAUUUUGCUCCUUGCCCGACCCAUAAAAAAUACCAAGAAACGAGCUGCAUCGGACGGGGGAAUGGAAACAGGACAGAGUCUUGACUGAUAUUUUGUCCCUCCGAAGAUCAAAAUUAAUGAAAAAAUUGUAACUGCGCAUGUUUCUCAUUCUAUCAAACGUAUUCUUACUCUACCCAAAUUUAGGUACCCAGAAAUUUUAUUGACAACCAUUAGCUUUUCUUAAUUCCUUAGAUUAGAAGGGGUUCCAGACUUGAUUCACGUAGACUAAUUUUAGCUUGCCAUCAUGAAUGUUUAACAAGUUCCUCAGCAGUAUUCUAAUUGAAAAUUCUAAAUCUUGUACACUUCGAUGUUUAUUUCCGAUCUAAGAAUACAAAUGUUGCCUGAGCGAAGUCUAAAAGUGUUAGCUGCUAGUCUGAAUAGCCACAGAAGAAUAAACCAUUCUACUGUAUAUUACGAGAGGCUCAUGAUGCUACCCAUGAGUAGCUUAGUUUAUUUUCAGUCAAACUGUAAAGGUAUUUUAGAGAGAUGUAUAUAAACCUUGUGAGCUUUGACCUUAUUCGACUUACAGGCGGAAAGACUGAAUAAAAUAGCAUGUUGCGGUGCUUUUCCUGAGACACUAAAUGAUCUGUCUAUUCAGCGUAAAACUUUAGUCACAACGUUCUUAAGUAAAGAAAGGUAUUUUCUGUUUUUCAUUUUACCAGAAUGUACGGGCCGAACUUGCCUUUUACUAUUAUGCAAGCACCACUGGAUUUCAUCGAUCUGAAACUCGGCCCUUUCCAUAGUAUCUAUAGUAUAAUGAGCAGAAACAACGGAAAAAUAUUUUUUAUUGCUUAUAUGUUGUAGACAAUUUGAGGAAUUAAUAGACACUGACUUCACUUCCUGAGAGUGAAACUACGGCGAUAACCGAAUCAUGCCUAAUCAAAGGCUUUGCAUUGCCUAUCGACCUCUGAUUUAUCUCAUCAACACUGGGCGGUAAAAUUUACCCUUUUGUUAUUUUAAGCUUUUAAAGCCUUACGUUUGAAUUUAAUGCUCCUGUUUUUCCGAUGUUUUAAACUCGGUUCUGUAUCGUGGAGCAAGGUAAAGCUACUAGUUACGAAUCAAGUUAUGACGAAUUUACCGAAAUGUAAACAAGUUGCAUUAUUCAUAGCGUGGUGAGUCCUGUCAUGCUUUCCCCACUUAAUCAGUGUUAUAUUAACAUUCUUCGUGAACAACUCAGAAUAACCGUUUCAUGUAUUCUCUAGGCGGCUUUUCUCGUCUAACAAUGUGCCGUCAAUUUUUUCUUUCCGACAGCAGUCAGUUAGUAACGUUUCCCGGCAGUACUGAAUAACUACCAAAGAUUGGUUUUAAUAUCAUCGUUCGCUGCUAACUAGUAGGAAAGAAGUUAUAGUGCUGCAGUUGGUUGGAAUUUUUUGGUUUCGGUGCUUUGUUUAGUUAAUUUUGAUUACAUUUUAAUAUCACAUGAAAAUAAAGUUGUUUCUCAGGGUUCCUACACAAAAUCCAGUCUAUAGACAUUUCAUGACAUCUUGAUUGUCUUGAUUCUAAUGCUUCGAAAUCAAUACAUGCCGAAUUAUACUUUUAACAUCUUAGCCUUCGCAUUAAAUUGCUGCCAAAGCUCUCCAACAUCCAUUAAAACUAGCUUCAAGUUGUGGGCGUGCUAGUUUUUACUUCAGCGUGUAAAAUAGUAUGUCAGUUGCAAGCAUCUGGAUAGAUGAUACUCAGUAUAGCAAACUGAUGAGCGUCUCUAACUGAUUCACUCUCUGCAGUACAGCGCUCCGGUCAAGUGUGUGGUUCUGUGUUUUAGCUCAUUGUAUAACACUGAAAUGGAAGAUUUUUCUGAACCGUCCGAAAGAGCGACACUACUGAGCCGAAAUCACAUUAACAUUAAUAUACUCAGCACUAGUCUUUGUGCUUAGAAUACACAUAUUGAGUAAUUUUAAAAAUUACAAUUUAUGGUUCUUUAUAUUUUGACUCAUUCAGUAUAUCGCCAUGUUUAUUUCAGUGUGAAUUUUAACGAUUAACCAUCUUCGAAGUUGCUAAAUAAUGCUGGGAAGUCGAACGACGAAAGAAUUGUCGCUUAUGCUGUGCGAAAUGGACGAAAUCCUAAGUGCGUCCAUGGCCGGGAUGAAACUGGCUUUUCAGUACAGUUUUUUCCUGCGAAUCCUUAGUCGAGUCAUGACCGUUGCAGAACAGUGAAAUUGAGAUUAUAUUUUAAUACUCAUAACAUUAUUCACUUCUGUCAGCUACUUUCCCUUCAGAAGUGAAAGGAGAAAACUCUCUCUUAUCACCAGGAGUAGAAGUUCGACGGUGAAAGCAAGCAGUGAAUAUUUUUAACUCGAUAAAUUCUAACUAUGACACACGGUUGAACUGCCAUAGAUUGUAUGAAUACUGAUUUAAUUCAAGGAUUAAACGAGGAAAAAAAUUACACUUACAGAUUGCUUGCUCAGUACCAAGAGACGUCAAAGGAAAAAGAGAACGGAAAACGCGAGGGAAUUCCGGCUAUUUGUUCUCAUUUCACUGUUGUGGUACUAAGAACGAAAUCUAGAGAAACGACCGUCCGAGAUAUCAACCUCGUGGUUUGCAUGUGGUCGUGAGGCAUCCCAUAAUGCACAAGAGCACAAGAGCAAUUUUUCCGUUAUAAAGAACAGCAUUUUACAUCCGAAUGAAAUUCGUUUACAUUGUAAUGAUUCGAUUUAGCGCCCGGGGCACAUUAUUUACUCAGACGUCAAUCAAGGUAAGGCGCUUAACAGGGGGCCUGUUUAUUUAUUUAUUUAUUUAUUUAUUUUUUUUUGAGAAACAACGGAAUGAGCGAAACAGAGCAGCUCUGAUCAUAACCUCUCCCCUUACCAGUUAUGAAGAUCUGAAGCUCAGGGCAUCAAUGAGGGGUGAUCAAUGGGCAUCCUCGGUGAUAGAAUGUUCUUGAGUUUACUGUAAGAUCGAGACGAGCCCCUGGGCACCCAAGUUCCAGAAGCGUUUGAAUUGCCUGCUUCUGAUUGGCCAGAAAAAAAAUGUUCUGGCUAAUCAGCGAAGAGAAGCAGCCGAGUGACUCUCGCAGUUUCUUACACGACGUAGAUUUCCUCAUCGAUCGCCAUAGUUGCUUAGCACGUUCAACGGGGGAGGGUUGUUGAGGAAAGUUUCAGAACAAAAUGUUAACAACCCGGAAAAAUUACAAGCUUUAGCACGGCUACAAGGAACGAUGAAUUUUUACGCAGAUUUUUCGAAGGUAUCGUAAAUUUUUAUUGCUGAUACGAUACGCGGUGCAUGACUUUCACUUUCCACACCUUUGCUUACAUACAACGCCAAGCUUACAUUUUAGAUGUCCGUGUUCGUUGCACGACUUCUGAAACUUUCUACAGCGUGAAAAUUUCCGUUGCACGGGCCACGCAACUACUAGGUCGAUUGAUCGUUCGAAUUGCUGGCUAGCUGCUGUGGACGCACCCUCUUGCUGUCGCUCCAAUUUCCUUUACCGUACGUUUUUUUUAUUACAGCCGUUGCCUUUAGUUCGAAAUCUACGUCCGGUUAUAUGCUGAAUCCUGACUGAUUAAGUGAGGUCUAUUUUGUAGAUUGUGUGGUUUUGUUUUUAGGGAUAAGCGAAGAAAAAGAAAUGUUGUAGGUGAGUUUGCGAAAAUGCUUGAGAAAGUGGCCGGUGUGAAAGUUUUGGUAGGUAUAGAGGUUAGAAAUCGUGGAAGAGUGGGAUGUCUAUCUACAGAUUUUUGUAGUCACUAAAACUUUACAAGAAGUGAACGCUCUUAAGGAAAUUCUAGGGAGAAGAAAUUAAGGAAUAGGGACACUUCCCAAAGAUCCAAUUUCAGCUCUUGAUUUCAAGGACCUGAGUCUCUGGCUUACUAAACAUAAGAAAACCUGGGUUAAUCUUCACUGUGAUUAGAAUUAUGUGAAGGCUGAUAUAGUAGAGAUGAAUUUUUAUUAUAAGUUAUCUUUUUACAAAUACAUGUAUAAAAAUAAUUUCACAUAAUAUGUGAUUUUCUAUCAAACUAUUUAUUUAUGAUUGGCUACAUGUAGAUGUUUCCCCUUAUUGACCCCCUCAAACACAUGCACAGCGUUGUUUUAGCUCCCUUGCAAUUGAUGGUACAAGAUUGGACAUAUUUUGAAAGAAUAAUGCUGCAAAUUAUGUUAACAAUUUUCCUUUGGUGCAUUUGUUUGAUAUUUCAUGACUUACCUAUCAUAAUUCUCCUCAUCUGACAAUAAUAUUCCUCAUCGAUAAUUCAGUGCUGUGCUUUAGGAGAGUUAAACAAUUGUCUUUUGAAUAUUUUUCACAAACCCAAUUCAGUGCACUCAAACCAACUACAAACGUUACGAAAUGUCAGUCGAUGUGGAAGACGCGAAGACAAGUUGGGAUGGCGAAGAACUGGCCGCUUUCAUUUUUCUAGAACUCAAGUGAUGGAAUUGAACUCUCAGUGCAGCAAGUUUCUUCCAACUAGUAUAGAGACUACAGCGGUUUGUCAAUGUUAUGAUAUUGUCAAUUCAUGACAAUAUACUCUGGGGUGUAUGUUUCCUGAACCUUCUGAGGGAAAGAUUUAUGUUAGAGCUGUAUGUUUCUUUUUCUUUAAGUGUUAGUCAACAGAUAAAUGGAAUAAUUCAGCUGUAAUUACUAGUCGACAAUAAUCAGUAAAAUGCCCCACAGCAAGGCAGAACUUUGCUCAUGUUAUGUGAAUAGCCGAUCAAUUUCCAAUUAAUCAUUCUUCACAUUUGCCUCCGCUAAAUCGAAAGAACGUGAGUGGAGCUCUCUACCAGCGGGAUCCUCUGCGGAGGAGAAAGUGAGUGGAGAGAAAGUAUAUUCUCCGGCUUUUACAUACUGAUUUGAGCGUGUGAAAUGAUAAACCUCAUGCAAGCCCACUUAAUCGCUUUCUACAUUACACUGAAUAAACAGCAGUAAAAGCAACAAGUACUGCAAGGUAUGUAAAGCAAAAUAAACCCGUGUUGAUCAGUUAAGAGCCUUUGAAUUUCCACAUCUGCCCCUCUCUUAUUUAUAUUCUUAUUUAUCUCAAGCUCGUAUUAAUGUGCAUUCAGAGCUUUAGAAAUGGCGAGAACCAGUUACCUUACAAUUUGAGUGAGCCACUCGGCAAACUGUCGGAGAACGGCAAAACUGGGACGAAUCCCAGUACACAGCGGGCAAAACGACAGAUGCACAGCUAG